UUCUCCGGCACCCAUCCCUCUGUUUUCCCACGCCUGGCACAGGUGCUGGAGGACAACGACUACGGGCGCGCGGUGGACUGGUGGGGCCUGGGCGUGGUGAUGUACGAGAUGAUGUGCGGCCGCCUGCCCUUCUACAACCAGGACCACGAGCGCCUCUUCGAGCUCAUCCUCAUGGAGGAGAUCCGCUUCCCGCGCACCCUCAGCCCGGAUGCCAAGGCCCUGCUGGCCGGGCUCCUCAAAAAAGAUCCCAAACAACGGCUCGGCGGUGGCCCCAGCGAUGCCAAGGAGGUGAUGGAGCACCGGUUCUUCGCGCCCAUCAACUGGCAGGACGUGGUGCAGAAGAAG